GUGAAUAUAUGUCUUCCUGAUCCCCGCUCUUGAGGAACCGCUUCUCUCUUCUGAGCCCUAAUCAAUUUGCAAUUGUACCAGUAGAGUGCAGCAAAUUCUUUGAAGAGAUCGAAGAGAUCGACAGAAAACAUAAAGGUGAGUGCAACAACAAAAGAACAUCCAAUAGAGCCAAACUUGGAGAUGAUUGUUCAAGAGUCUUCUGGUCCUGUAAUUAAUUUUUUUGAUGAGGAUGAAAUUCCAUAUAAUGAAGUGGAAAAUAUACAUGCAGUUGAUUCUCCUUCUCAGAUAUUAAUGCUUCCUUGGUACGAAAAUGGCCCAUGCAAUAUCCAGGAGAGACUAAACUUCAUUGAUGCUUCUCGCUGGGUGAAAUCGAACAUGCUAAAGUUAUGUCGUCAAUUGGGUGUCAAGGCGGAUGAUCAGGAGAAUGAUUUGCGGAACCUUCUCAUGAGAAUUGAAAGGAGUAGAUUAGCAAGACCUAAGCCACAAAACAAAAGCCCAUCUCCACAUAAGAGGAAUCAACGGGAAAUAGAGGGUUUGAAGAAUUUUGGGGUUAAUUAUGGGGAUGAGCCAAAAAGCAGAGAUCGAGGAAGGAAGGCCAUUACAAAUAGAAGAUGAAGAUUAAAAUCUUAUGCUGGAAUGUCAGAGGGUUGAACGAGGCAGAAAAAAGGAGGCUAGUGAAGUCACUGAUAAAAAAGUGGAACACUGAUAUUGUUUGUUUGAGCGAGACAAAACUAAAGCAGUGCAAUUGUUCUUUGAUGAGGCAGGCUGUGGGAGGUAGAUGGACAGACUGGUUAGAGCUUAAAGCAAGAGGAAAUAGUGGUGGAAUCUUACUUAUGUGGGAUAAAAGGAGAUGGAGUUAUAAUGAGAAAUUGGUGGGGGAGUAUUCAGCAAGUGUUUUUUUGGAAGAUAAAAAUUCUGAUUUUAAAUUUUCUUUCUCUGGGGGUAUAUGGGCCUUGUGAUAGAAAGAGGAGGAGAGAACUAUGGAAAGAACUUGGGGCAGUUGCAGGUUUAGAAGAUUGGCCUUGGGUAGUUGGAGGCGAUUUUAAUAUCACAAGGUUUGAGGAUAAAAGAGCCGGAAGGGCAAAAAAUACUAUGGCUAUGAGAGAUUUCUCAAGGUUCAUUGAUGAUAUGGAGCUAAUUGAUCUUCCUUUACAUGGUGGGCAGUACACGUGGUUCAGAGGCAAUAAUGAACAUUCAGCCUCAAGAAUAGAUAGAUUUUUAAUUUCAAGUCAACGGGAUAAUUCCUUCAAAGCUAUUAAACAAAGCGUGCUACCUAGGGUGGAAUCAGACCAUUGUCCAAUACUAUUGGAGUGUGGGGAAUGGGAGAGAAGUAAAGGGUAUUUCAAGUUCGAAAAUAUGUGGUUUGAACAUGUUAAUUUUAUAAGCACAGUGGAGAAAUGGUGGAAUUCGUAUGAUUUUCAAGGAAGACCAGAUGUGGUUCUAGCAAAAAAGCUUAGAAAGUUAAAAGAAGAUUUAAAGAAGUGGAACAAAGAAACUUUUGGGCACCUGGGAACAAGAAAAGACCAGAUCUUGCAUCAAUUGGAGAUGGAGCAGCAAAAUGAUAAUCAUGAUAGUAACACAUAGGAAGAAGAACCUGCUAAAAAUGCAUUAAUAAAUGAGUUGCAUCACAUAGCUAAGGUAGAAGAGAUACAUUGGAGGCAAAAAUCCAGAUUUUUAUGGAUUAAGCAAGGGGAUAAGAACACCAAUUUUUUUCACAAAAUAGCAAAUUCAAAUAGGAGAUGUAAUUGGAUUGAUAAGCUAGAAAUAGAUGGGGACUUCACAGAUGACAAAAAUUUGAUUAGAAACAACAUACUUGAGUUCUAUAAAGAUCUUUUUUCAGAAAAAGAGAGCUGGAGACCUUCAUGGAAUUGUUCAGAACUUGCUAGCAUCAGUGACCAAGAGAAAGAGUGGUUGGAGAGACCUUUUGAUGAAAUAGAGGUAACAAGAGUAGUUAAAAUGGUAGAAGGGGAUAAGGCUCCUGAUCCAGACGGCUUUAAUAUGUGUUUCUUCAAAAGAUGCUGGCAUAUUGUGAAAGAAGAUGUUCUGAAGACAUUUGAGGUGUUUCACAGAGAAGGAGAAUUUGUCAGAAGUUUUAACUCAACCUUCAUUGCUUUGAUGCCAAAGAAGAAAGGGGCUGCAAACAUCAAGGAAUUCAGACCUAUUAGUUUGCUUGGGAGUAUAUACAAGUUGAUAGCUAAAGUCCUUACUGAGAGAGUGAAGUUGGUGAUUAACAAGUUGGUCUCUGAGAAUCAGAAUGCCUUUUUGAAAGGUAGACAAAUUGCAGAUGCAUCACUGUUGGCAAAUGAAUGUAUAGACUACUACUGGAAAAGAAAAUUGCCUGGUGUGGUGUUCAAAUUGGACUUAGAAAAGGCCUAUGAUCAUGUCAAUUGGCCUUGUCUGCUGAAGUUGCUGUAAAAGAUGCAUUUUGGGGUUGGCAUAUAUGGUUAUACAGCUUAUUCAACCAGUAAGUUUGGCCUCAAAGGACUGGCAGAAGCAUUGCAGCAGGAGGUUAUUGGUGAAAAUAUUCACGUAUCACUAAUAUUUCCCUCGGACACUGAAACUCCUGGAUUUGCUGAAGAGAACAAAAGAAGGCCACGGGUGACUAGUAUAAUAGCAUCUUCUUCUGGUGCCAUGAAAGCUGACGAAGUUGCCAAGAUAGCUUUGAAUGGCAUUAAAUCAGGAAAUUUUACUGUCCCCUGUAACUUUGAGGGAUUCUUGCUUUCCAUAGCAACUGCUGGUCUAUCUCCUCAAAGAUCAUUCCUAAUGGCAUUUGUCGAAGUGAUAGCUGCUGGAAUAUUACGUGUUGCUGGCCUAUGUUUCCAGUGGAAUUGGGGAAGGCUGUUUGUGUGGGUACCAAAAGGAGGCAGCUUGAACUUUUCUGUUGGACCAUUUUUCUCAACAUUCAAUUUUCUUCGAAAGAAUUGGAGAGUCCAAGGGUUGGACCACUAGCUGAGCAACACAAACCGGAUAAAGAGAAGGAACAUAUAGAAUGUUCUUUAAAAAAAUUGGUUUAGAAUUAUUAGGGAAAGGAGAAGAUUAAUUGAAAGAGAUAGGGAGAAGAUUAACUUAACAAAUGACACAUAAUCUUGUAAAUUUACGAAUAGAACUUUUCGAUUAAAAGAAGACAAUAAUUUAGAACAUGCAGCAAGUAUCAACGGAGAGUAUCCAGAAAGAAUAGGACAACUAGAAUGCCAGGUAUUGUUGCCAGGUCGAUAUGUCUUAUAUCUGCUUGUCAUAGAGGAAAGUGCAAAAAGCAAUUAAUAGGCACAAUCUCUUGCAGAAAUGCAGGGUAAGACUGCAUACAAUAGACCUUUGUGGUCCGGCCCUUCCCCGGAUCCCGCGCAUAGCGGGAGCUUAGUGCAUCGGGCUGCCCUUAACAAUAUUGACCCUUGUGGCUCAUCAUUCAAAAGAUUGAACUUAUGAAUGGAAGUACUUCAAUAAACAUAUCUAUAUUAUGGAUGAGAGUACUUAAAUAAACAUGUAUGAUUUGAUGCUAAUUGUUGUCCCCAUUUAACUUUUAGGGUGCCUAUUCCAUUAUGGUUUGAUCUACUGCCUUAUUUGCUUCUUCCCAUUGUUCUUGUGGAAGCUGAUAAUUGAAUCUUGAUUCUAGUCGGGAUAGUUGGCAAAUUUGUGGUUUAAUUAAUAUCUCUGGAAAGUCCUUAUAAAAUAAGUUAAUAUCUCUGGAAAUUACCUAGCAUCUUUGAAAUCGCUUAUUUCUUUUGUAAUACACUGGUUGAGGCAUGUGAUGCGAGAUUUGAUUACAUCGUCCUUUAAUUUUCAAAAAUUUAAGUUCUUUCAUUAAUUUUUUUUUCCCAUUAGAUAUGAGCUGUUGUUUUUAUGUCUUUGGCUCAAUUAUUGUAAAAUACUCACACCUGUUGGUUUCUUUAUUGAAAAUCUGGCCGUACUAUGUGAUGCUUGCUCAGACUUUGAAGGUUUUCACCUUCUGGGAUAUGUUGAGAAUCACAGCUAAACCCACUGUUAGAAGAUUCAUAUAUCUGACUGUGUUAUUUGACCUUUUUUCACUUUCUAAGUUUUUUUUUUCACUUCUUAUCUGCUUCACUAUCUUUAAAUAUGAAAAUCUUAGUAUCUGUAGUUUUAUCGAGAUGCACGAAUUAUUAAAUUAAUUGAAUCUGCUUGUCUUAAAUUGGGUGUCUAUUUUUAUAGUUGUUGAUGUUCCUAUUUCGUGUGAUAAUUUGUUUCUUAUGACUUUCCGUUCUUUCCUUUAAUCCCCUCUAACCUAUUUCGCUCACAAUUUGAAUUAUUGAACUAUUUUCCAGUACUACUUGAAGAUUGGAACUUGCAAGUUUGGAGCCACAUGCAAGUUUCACCAUCCUAGAGACAAGGCUAGAAUUGCUGGAAGAGUUACCCUAAAUGUCUUGGGCUAUCCACUUCGCCCGAUGUGCAAUUGCUUCUCUGGAUGUUCUAAGUGUGUUAUGGUCAUGAUAAGGCUCGACGCAGCUGACAGUUUGCCUUUCUUUGCUCCCGAACCUUCUAACAUGAUGGUCUCUUCACGUGGUUCUACUGUUUAUCCUCCCGGUCCUUCUUCUACAACUCCUGGUGAGAUGUCCUAUCC